GAAGCGCCACCCCCACGCAACCCGUCCUAUAACCUCCCAAUGCGGCAAACGGACCGGCAUGAGUCCGCUUCAUCGAGCCAAAGCCCCAAUGCUAACGCUGUCCCUGCAGCAGCUGCGGCAGGUGGACGGGUAGGGCGAGAAGACUCGGCCUACUUCAGUAUGGGUCCUCUACCGUUCGAGCGUGACGGCAGGAGGAUGGACUGGGUAUUCGAAACGGGCUCGCCGCCCGACGACGGUGGCAGCAUUGGCAACGGACAUCGUUCUGGAUCGACUGUGAGCUCAUUCUAUUCUGAUUCCGCCAGCCGGCGAGAGUCAAACAUUCCGCGCCGAGAAUCGAACACACUGCCGCAUCUGUUCCGGGCUAUCGACGAGCUGGAUGCGGACGCUGGAGCUGGUAGGAGCGUGCACGAUGCACAAUACAGUGCAGCUUCAUCAUCAAGAUCACCAAUACAGCGCUCUCCCAGCUCCUACAAUGGCCAACAAGCCCUGCCACCACCCGCUCUACCACCAGAUUCACCAGAAGGCCCAUCAUCUCCUGCGACGCCAGCAACAUACUUGGGCUCGCCGCCGCGAAGGCAACCGAGCACUAACAACCGCAUCGACGAGGAAUUGCGGCCGCAGACUUCACGGAGUGUUCGGCAAAGUAGAGGUGAGAGGAGCGGCACACCCCUUUCGCCGGGACGCCAAGACCCUACCUUUGAGAAGAAGCUCUUCCGCAACGCAGCCAUUCUUUGCGACGUGCGAGGAACGAUGGUCGAGUACGCCCAGGCCGUUCCUGACGAACCGGAUCCGCGCUUCAACACUGAGAUGAAGGAAGCCUGCAAAGAGUGCCGAGUUUGCGUCAUCCGAAAAAGAGAGAACCGUGAGCACGCUGGAACAAAGGUCGUGACGUCCGUCUGGACACUCUCCGACGAUGGCACCGUGCGACUGCAGCACAAGCUUUCCGAAGUCAACGAAACGGUCCCCUUCGGCUCGUAUUUCGACCCUCGCAAAGUCUCGCUCGCACCCGCAGACGCUGCGGCCGACAGCCACAUUCAGCUUAAAUUCCACAACGAGCGAUGGGGCGAGGAAGUUCAAGAAGAGAAGAAGACGAAUUGGCUCAACUACGUCUUUGUGGAAGAGAACGAUGCCGUGGCAUUUCAAUCCGCCGUCUUCGGUCGCACGUUACUCGGCAGUUUCCGCACAACCAAAACCAUCGUCAUCCACGAAGGUAUUGGUCGCGUGCUCGCCUUCGAAGAGCAAUUCGCCAAUAUCGAGAUGUUGAGACUGUGGGAGGACGACGGGGUGUCGACUCCAGGCGCCACAGGGGGCGUCAUGGCACUCAUGCACGUCUCCUCCAAUUUUGGCGAAGGCUGGGCGCGGUGGUGGAUCAACAGCAGUAAGCAGCAGGUCCGUGUCAAGGAGGAUGGAUCCAAAUGGGCGAAAGUGAAAGGCAUCGACAUCACGGUCAUCAAGCCUGGUACCGUUAUGUCGACGGCUAAAAGUCCGAGUAUCGCUGCGGAGACUUUACAAAGAACUGAGACGGAGCUCGAGCCGCGGCCAACGGGCGGGAGGAGGAUACCGGUCAAGAAGGUGACUGGAGUCAGGAUAGAGUUCAAGACGGAGGACGAUCGGAAUCGUUUCGUCAGCCAGACGAAGAAGUUACAAGAGAAGAUGAUACCGUUGCCGGAUUUAUGAGCGUUAUGCUCGUUGCAUUGAGCUGGGUAUCCGCAUGGCGUUGGGGUUUGGGUCUGAAGCGAGCGUGUAGAGAACACCUCUGGAUAGAUACCAUCUGCAGCGAGCGUUUGCAUUUUCCGGAAGACCACAUCUGAGCUUGUACCUCAGAGCGUAUUGGCGCGUCUCUAGCCGAACAAGCGCUUUGCAUAUGCAUUCGCAUAGGAUGCAUCUCGAGGCACGAACUUGAUGUUGCCGCCCACUAAG